AUGCAUUCCAGUGCCCUUGUCGGCCUUCUGGCUUUUGCGGCUGCUGCCUCGGCCCUGCCCGGUGCCUCCUCACGGCACGCCCACUCGCACUCAUCCAUCAGCAACCUCAAAGACAAGGUUAAGAAUGUCGUGGUACUGGUGAUGGAGAACCGCUCCGUCGACAACCUUCUUGGUGGACAGACGAUCAAGGGACUCGAGAACCCCAUCAACAACGGUCCCUUCUGCAACCCUUACAACGUGAGCAACCCAGCCGAGGGCACUGUUUGCAGCGCGGCGUGGGACUAUGACUCGGUCACCGACGACCCUGACCACGCGGUGUACGGCAAUAACAUCGAGUUCUACGGGACGUUCACGCCGGACAAUGAGGCGAUCGCCUCGGGCGCAUUGACUCCUAGCCAACAGGGCUUUGUGCACGAGCAAUUGCGGAUAUACGGUGGCAAAGCCAACCGCACCCAGCUGUCCACCCAGGUUAUGAACUACUACACCGAAGACCAGGUGCCAGUUCUCACCCAGCUAGUGCAGAACUAUGUUGUUUUCAAUCACUGGCACUCCGAUAUCCCAGGUCCUACCGAUCCGAACCGGGCGGCUUUGACCUCGGGAACCUCCUACGGCCACGGGAGCAAUGAUGAUGCUUUCACCGUACACGCUUUCCCGCAGCGAUCCAUCUUCCAGCAGCUGAGUGAGACAAAUCACACCUGGAUCAACUACUACGAUACCGCGGGCGGCACGGGUCCGGAUGCCGAGUUCUACGACUGGAUCUACACUGCCAACCGCACCAACCAGGUCCAGCCCUUGGAGCAGUUCUAUACUGACGCAGCGGCGGGUGAUCUCGCCGAGUUCACGUACCUGAACCCAUCCUGCUGCGGCGUGGGCACCAACUCGAUGCACCCCAGCGGACUCAUCUCAGAUGGAGAGAAGCUGAUCAAGAAGGUCUACGAGGCCCUGCGCAAUGGCCCACAGUGGUCAGACACGUUGUUCAUCCUUAGUUUCGACGAGACCGGUGGCUUCCACGACCAUGUGCCUCCUCCUCUGGCUCCUGCGCCAGACAACCUGACCUACACCGCUACCACUCCUAGCGGCGAGGAAUACACCUUCCCCUUCAACCGCCUGGGCGGCCGUAUUCCGACCUUGUUAAUCUCCCCGUGGGUGGGCAAGGGCUACGUCGAGCAGAAGGGUACAGACGUUGAGGGCGAAACUGUGUCGUACUCCGCCUCGUCGAUCCUGCGCACUCUCGGCUAUCUCUGGGACUUCGAGCCCUUCACCCCUCGUGUCGAGUAUGCGCCUUCCUUCGAUCAUCUGAUCCAGUGGCGGGCUCGCAACGACACUCCUGCCACCUUGCCCGAGCCGGUGCCUUUCCGCAAGUGA